AUGAAAUUAAAGCAGCUUAAGGUCAGACCCAAGAAGAUUCUUGAAGUCACUCCAUGUGUAGCUGAAUUGGGUGCUCUAUUUGAAUGCUGGGCAGCCAAUGGUACUGAUGAUAAACGUUGCGGGAUGAUUGCAAAUUCAUUAAUAACAUGCAUGGGCAAGCCUGUUCAACGAACAAAACAUGCAAAUACUAUCAAUUAUCACUUGGCACGUUUAAGUAAACAAUUAUAA